ACAGGGGCCAAUGAACGGCCAGAGCGCCAUGGCGACGGAGGCGCUGCCGUAAAGCUAUAGCCUAGGGGCGUCGCGCGGAGCCGGUUUGACCCCAGUGCCGGGGGCAGUUGUCAUUGGAGUUGGGGACGCGGAGCGUGUGUGGUGAUCGCCGCUGCGCUCCCUGCCUCCUUACCCGCCCGGCGCCCGACACCCCCCUGCCGCCAUGGCGGGGGUGCUGGCCCGCAAGGCCGCGGACUAUGUGCGGAGCAAGGACUUCAGGGACUAUCUGAUGAGUACGCACUUUUGGGGACCGGUAGCCAACUGGGGACUCCCUAUUGCUGCUAUUAAUGACAUGAAGAAAUCUCCAGAGAUCAUUAGUGGCCGAAUGACAUUUGCACUGUGUUGUUACUCUUUGACUUUUAUGAGAUUUGCCUACAAGGUACAGCCAAGAAACUGGCUUCUGUUUGCAUGUCACUUCACUAAUGAAAUCGCACAGCUAAUCCAAGGAGGACGACUGAUGAAAUACAGGAUGGAAAAGAAGAACUAAAUAUCUUUAUCUGGGAAAAACAGGGAAUGUGCUCCUCAUCAUGAAUUACAACAAAGGAAGAGCUCUACAGUUGCUGUGAUGCAGACUUUUGCAUUUUCUUCUCCAUCAUAAAAUUCAUCAU